UCUGGGGGAGACGACCGACACUGCGGCGAAACGGGAGAUCAGCGGGUUUAUUUUUUACUGCUAUAUUGGCUGCAUUAGUUCUCUUUUCCUCUUUCCCACCAAAUCUUAAGAAAGAGAGGAAACAAGAACCGGUGCAACUAAUGCAAUCAGUGCAGCAAUAGAAAACGAAAUCUACAUAGAACUCUAGUGCAGCCAGUUGAACUAAAAAGAACGGACCAACUAACUAGCUUUAACCGGCGCAGUACUGAUGAUUGAAUUCGUUAUAAAUAAUAAGGCAUGUUGGUUAUGGCUUCGUCUAUGAAUUUUGAUUUAAAGGAAAGAUUAGAUAUUAAUUUCACAGAUAUAGCCACGCUGAAUGUACUAUGUCGAAAUAUAGCUACAGAAAUAGUGUCAGGCUCUGUGAAAUUUUACACAUUUGUGGAGACAUUGGGUUCCUACACAACGGACCAAAACAUUCUUACAAGAGAAAAAGGUGUUUCAGUCCUUUCUUCUGUUUUAUCACAACUACCUCAAAAUUAUCUUAAUGAAUCAGAGCUGCAUUUCAUGGCAAUGUUUUAUUGCGACAGGCUAAGAGAUCACGAUAAAGUCAUACCAUCUGUAUUAAAUGGUAUUCUUGCAAUUGUGAAUAUGAGUUAUUUAUCUCAAGACUCAUUAUUAAGCCUCUUAAGAUCAAUAUUUCAACAUGUUCAAUGUCAAUCUCAGCUUAUACAAGAACGUCGCAAUAUUUAUUUGAUACUUAAAACUUUAAUAGAAAAUAGAUUAAACAACUUGAGACUCAUGGGACCAGAUUUAAUUGACGGUAUUAUUAAUACUAUUGAUGGUGAAAGAGAUCCGAAUAAUCUCAUGUUAUUAUUUAGCAUAUUGCCAUAUGUUAUAAGAGAAAUUCCAUUGGGCCAUUUAACUGAAGAAAUGUUUGCAGUUGUGGCAUGCUACUUUCCAGUUGAUUUUAAUUCCUCUGGCAGAGAGGAUCUGAAUUUGAGGAGGGAAGACUUGGCAGAGAAGUUAGCACCUUGCUUAUACGCUACCUCAGAAUUUACGAAUCAUUGUGUACCGCUUAUAAUUGAGAAAUUAUAUUCUACACACAAAGUUGCUAAACUCGAUAGCUUGAAUUUACUCCGCGACAGUGUUCAAACGUUCGGUGCGUUAAAACUGCAACAAUAUUUAUAUGAAUUAUGGACAGCCUUAAGGAAAGAAGUUAUGCCGGUGAAAGAUAUUGAGAUAGCAGAUGCUGCCUUAGAAGCAAUAACAUCUUUAAUUAGAGUGAUAUCUACUGCUGAAAUUUUUUGCAAAGAUUUUAUUGACAAAAUAAUUACCGACACAAAACCAUCACUGUGCAAUGUGCAAUUCGGCUUAUACAGACCAGCUAAGAAACUAAUGGAAACAAUAGGAACAGUCAAUAAAGAAACGUGUAUGCAAGUCCUGUUAGCUAUCGUACCUCUAUAUAUUGGACAAUACUCCACAAAUAUUUCAUGGGAUGAUAAAACCGAAUUAAUAGAGACUUUAAAUGGUAUUAUGAAAAUAUGCUCUGACCAUGGAAUUUGUAUUCAAGAUAUUCCAGAAUUAAGGUGGACAAAUAUAUCUCAAAUAUACUUAGAUAGCUUGACGGCAGAAAACAUCAAAUUAAAAAGUAAAAUAUUUCUUGGUUUAGCGAUACAAAAGUCAUGUUUAAAUAAGGAACAACGUUUUAUAUUAUAUAAUGCAAUAUGUGAUCAAAUUGAUACGGGAUGUGAUGAGAUACAGAUUACAUGUCAUACAACCAUUCUAGAAUUUUCUGUAUUGUAUCCCCAAGAAAUAAUAUUGUUGGUUAAAGAAAGAUUUUUAUUUAAUGCAGAUGAAGCGAAAGUCGAUUUAUUGAAACGUAGAAUAACAACUUUGUUAGCGAUAGCAAAACUUCGUGAAUUGGGAUGCACGAUUCUCCCAGAAAUUGUUACAAUGUUAACCAACAACAUUAAUAAUGAUGUAUAUAUUACAGUAUUACUGAAUAUUCAAAAGCUGAUUGCUUCAGGAAAGUUUGAUUUUAAUGUGCAUCAGUUUCUACAUGAGAAAUGCCACAUUAUAGAUAAAUUAGUUUCAUAUGAAGCAAAUGUCAUCGAUCACAAAAUGCUUAUAUGUAACGUUUGCCAAUUGAUUAUACGAAGUCUCACGGUUGAAGAACAGCAUAUGAUUGUAAUGAAGUACGCCAAGGCUUUAAAUGCGAAAUUUCCAAAAACAGACGUGGCUAUGGCAAUGAAUCUUUUAAUCCCUUUGCGAAAAGACGUUAAUUUGCAUAUUAGUGACGACAUAAUAGAAAAUCUAUGUGAUCUGGCUAUUAGCAAUGACAGUCCGCAAUACACAAGAGAAAUUACUUGUAAAUUUUUAUCCGUUUUAUUAAAUAGAAUGAAGGUUGGAGAUCUCGAUCGGAUUGUAUCUUAUCUCGAGGGAAGAAUAAGCAGUAAUUUGAAAGCGGACAUCGAUGUGGAAUUGAAGCAUACAGUUGAUUUACAAAUUCGAAUGACUAAAGCGCUUAUCAUGAGAGGAUGUGGGAAGUCUCAAGACCUUUUGGAGAAUCUCACGAGUUUACUAACUCACGGUCGAGUAGGUCGGUAUGUAAGUCAGCAGUAUCAAAUUUUAGUGAGCAACGACGAUGUUUUAACAGAGGAAAAUUCUUGCGAUAUUAAAAUACUUUACAAACAAAGGGUAUUCGAAUAUUUAUUGCGACAGAACAGUAAUUUCGUAAAUUCAGCAAGACAGAAUUAUCUUAUCGCGUUGGUACAUUCGUUGGAACAAAUGCCUAGGGAAUUAAAACUCUUACAUUUAGCAGAGUUGGUGCCAUUGUUAAUAGAGACGCUGUCUCUCAACGACGUGCAAUUGGUCCUCUGGGCAUUAAGAUCACUCAAGUUUUUAAUUAAUACUAAGCACAUUGUACUUUCUGACAAUGUUCAAUGUAUCAUACCAAGGCUUUUGCAAUUAACGACGGAAGAAAUCAUGGAUAUUAGAAUCGUAGCGCUGGAAUGCUUAACGCGUUACGCCAAUUAUCCUACCAUCUUAAUUUAUCCGUACAAAAUGGUCGUAUUAGACAAGCUGGGAAUCACAAUCGACGACCGUAAACGUUUAGUUAGGAAGGCUGCAGUGGAAGCGAGGACACAAUGGUUCAUAGUGGGUGUGUCCGAAGAUUGAAUAAGAAGAAGUGAAUUAUUUACAUAUGGUUCUACUAUAAAUAUAUUCUGUAUAAUAAAAGUAAACAUUUUCUAAACUC